ACUUUGAUUCUCACAGUAGAGAGAGAAACUAAAGGAAAAAACAAAAAUGGAGAUGAGUGAGAGAUAGAAAAUUGUAGUCUUCUCAAUUUUCCCUUUAAUCUUUUAUUGAUUAAGUUUCUUUCUCUCUAUCUCUAGUCUCCAGUGUGUUGAAUUUUACCUGUAAUUUUUUUUUUGUUUUUUCAUUGAUUAAAGCUUGGGUUUUCCUUUUUCCUUCGGUGAAACGUUUGGUUUUGUUCAUUUUUCGUGACGCGUUUUUUCCCCGAUUCUUGCUUCGGCAGUAAUAGCGUUGGCAAUCACCUUUUAAUUCCUUUGCCGAUCCCGGAUAAUCCCGACUUUCAGCCGAUUCUAAGAAGUUUGAGCUUUCCGGCUCGAAGCUGAAGUUGUAAAAUUUGGAAAUAUUUUGAGCUUUUCUGUUUGUUGACUUCGGUUGAACUUUGUGGACAAGAGAAAAGGGUCAUAAAACUGUAGACCCAAAAAGAAAUCCUUUUGGUUGGAUCAUAAACUUGUUUGGGUUUUGAUUAUUUUUAAGGAAAAAAAUCUAUACAGAAGACAGUUUGCCUGAGUUCAGUUUACAAGCUUUUGAUUUUAAUUAUGAUUCAAAAAAUUUUUUGGAUUCAAUUAAUAUCUUUCCUGAUUUUCAUCUUGCCCUUCUAAUUAUCAAACUCGAUUGGUAAUUUCCUAAUGUCGUGGUUUAUGAAGUUUUAAAGCAUUUUUCAUUAAAGAAAAAGAAAUGGCAGUUUCCUUUUCAUGUUUUCCGUGGAGGUUUUGGAGUAUUGGAAGUAAAGAUAAACAGCUUGUUUCAAAUGGGUCUUCUUUGAAUUCUUCAUCUUCUGAAACUGUAAUAUUCCAAACAAAAAUAACCCCAUCAAAGGGAAAGGGAAAGUGGCAAGGUGGUGAAAAGACAAGAGUGGUUCAAUCAGAUGGUGUGUAUUUAUCUGGAUAUGAAUCUGAUGGUCCAGAAUGGUCCAUUGGAUGGGAAGAACCCCAUGGUCCUGGUUUUCAAAGUGAUAACGAAGAUGAUGGUGGAUUUGUUGUGUUGGUUCCCUGUUACAAACCUGGUUGCAAACAACUUGUAGAGGGCCCUAAUAGCCAGCUCUUGAGUGCAAUCAAGAACCUCUCUAAUGGCUGCUCUUCUGAGGGAAGCAACUCUGUACAGCAGUGGUUUUCUUCUCUGGAGAACUUCUGAAAGCGUACUGAGCGACUGUAAAUGAAAUCUUCGGCGGUACUGUUGAAGUAAUAAUGUAAGAAAAUGUGUGAAGGGAAUCUGCUAGUGCAUCCGGUGGAAUGCAGGGAAGAUGAAGGUGAAUGAAGAAUGAAGAUGUGCAUAGAGGAUGUAUGUGUGCUUUACAUGCAAUUGAAGUGAUGUAUGGAAACAUGAAAACAUGGUGGAUUUUGUAAAUAGCUUUGCUGUAUAUAUGCAACCAAAUGGUCCUUGCUUUCACCUCUAUUUCUCUACUGUCAAUAAUUUUGAUCAUUUCGGCAUAUUAAUCUACCAUCUCAUCAUUUUUUUUUCUUUUGCAAA